AAAUGAUUUCAAUCAUCUAGAUAUGGGUCAGUGAACAUUUAAUAAUAUACAGACUAGACAUGACAUGAAUAUACAUAAACCUCUUACUCAAUGGACAUCAGUUAAACAAUAUACUAUGUAGAUUAUGCAAAUACGAAAAAUGGCCACUGAACGAGCGUUGAAUUGCGGUCCUUGUGACUACAAACAUGAAACAAAUUCAGCAGUAAAAUGGUGUGUAGAUUGUUCAGAGGCUUUAUGUUCGACAUGCUUUGGUGUACAUAAAAGUUUGAAGGUAUUACGAAAUCACAAUGUUAUUGGUAUAGAAGACCAUAAUACCCUGCAAGGAAUUAUAUUGGAUUUACCGGAAACACAAAUGUGCGACAAGCAUGACAAAACGUCUGAAUAUUUUUGCCCAUUACAUGACGACAUUGUUUGUAUUAAAUGUAUCCAGACCAGCCAUAGUAAUUGCGAUGGAUGGUUGCCAAUUUCAGAAGCAGCAAACGGGGUGAAAUCAUCUGUAGCAAAAGAGACCUUAAAUCAAGAUCUCGAGGACGUGAUUAAAAACGUUGAAUAUUUGAUUGAAAGUCACGAACAAGAAAGGAUAUCAAAUCGAAACGUAUGCAAAAAUUUGAAAGACGAGGCAUCAAAAGUUGUUGAGAGAGUUGUUCAAAGGGUAAAAGACAUUGAAACAGAAUUUAUCAAUACUAUUGAAGUACAACAGAACAAUAUUUCUAGCAAAAUAGGAAGUCGAACAAUAAAAUUUCAGGAUAAAUUGCAAAGCAUAAAAGGUUUGAGAAAUAGGCUGAUUGGUAUUGAAGGUUAUGCAUCAGAUUCUCAAAUAUUUUUGAGCAUCCGUAAGAUUUCCAAAGAAUUGAGUGAACAUACAGAAGAAGUUAAAUCUGUUACUGAGGAGCCAAUAUCUAUUCUGAAAGAACUCAAGUUUACUGCCACAGUCCAGUCCUUUCUAACAGAAGGUACAGUGCUAUGUCAUGUGCAAAAUGAUUCCAAACAUUUGACAUUUCAACCAACACAACUGCAGAAAGUUCAGUCUCAUGUUGCUGCCUCGGUCACCAAAUUAACAAUAGACAAAAUAGAAUUACAGAAAGUAGUAAAGAUUGAUAUUGAUCCCCCAGAAUCAAAAGGCAUGACAAUUUGUAGCGCGGUUAUCUUGCCAAAUAAACAGUUAUUUUGCAAAUGGAAGGAAAGUAAUCAUUUUAGCAUAUACACCUCAGCUGGAGAAUUUGUCAGAUAUUUGUCUGUAGAGGACAAUCUUUCGUGUAACUUUAUUACAACUGUUGACACGAAUAGCCUAGCUUUCUCCUAUUGAAUAACUCAAAAGUUGAUAUUUUUAACAUCCAUACACAACAAUCUGAAAAAGAGAUCAGUUUCAAACAGGAUAUUUACGGGUUGUCAUGUGACGGUAACAACUUGUAUGCAGUUGGAAUGACAGCAAUAUUUUGUGUUGAUUUGACAGACGAUCGUUUACGUAUAACAUCAGUUCCUGUAAUUAUUAGCGAAGUUUACUUUCUCUCUGUCAAUGGAGAUAAACUUUACUACGCUGACAACCAGAAAAAUACAGUUUACUGUUGCAACAAAACCGGAGAGAAAAUUUGGUCUUUUAAAAAUCAAAUCAUGAAGUUUCCUGAUGGCAUAGCAACAGACAAUUAUGGGAAUACAUACGUUGCAUGCAAAAAGUCAAACAACGUUUUAAUGAUUUCAGCUGACGGAAAGCACUAUAAAGAAAUACUGAACGCGUCUGACGGACUUAGAGAACCGAGCGCAAUAUUUUACGACAAACUUGAAAAUCGUUUACUUGUUUGCAAUACUCUUAAUAGACAAGUGUUAUUGUGUACAAUUAAAUAAACAAUUUGGUCGUAUAUUUAAGUUGUUUUAAACAUUUUGUAUAUAUGCAAAUACAUCUUUAUUUGUUAGAAUUGG